GAAAACUCUUGGCCAUCAUAUGCUUCAAGGUGGUGGUUGGAUGUUGUGUCCUUGGAAGGGGCGGUGGGGUGAAUUGGUUCAAUACGGAGGUAGUGAGGAAGGUAGGGAAUGGGGAGAACACUCGGUUCUGGCUAGAUCAUUGGGUAGGUAAUGAGGCUCUGUGUUUAACAUACCCGAGACUUUUCUUGAUCUCUAGCCAAAAAGAUGCUACGGUGAGGGAGGUUUGGAUGGACGGCGUUGAAGGAGGAUCUUGGAAUCUUCUUUCGCGGAGGAACCUUUUUGUGUGGGAAGAGGGUCUUUUUCAAAGUCUCCUUGGGGAGGUAGAGGGGUGGGUGAAAACGGUGUCGGUUGACUCGUGGUGGUGGAAGUUGGAGGAUGAAGGGAAAUUUACGGUAAGCUCGUCCUAUGAGUUUCUAGUGGGAUUGGUGUCGCCUCAUGAGUUUUUGUUGGAAACUAAAGAAAUGGUGUUUGGGUCGGUGUGGAAGAGUCUGGUACCCUCCAAAGUGGUGGCUUUCUAUUGGCAAUUACUUCUCGAUCGGAUCCCUACCAAAGAUAACCUCUUAAGGCGGAGAAUUUUACCCCCGGAGGCCUCGGUUAGGUGUGUGUUUUGUGACCAAGUGGGAGAAACAGCAGGGCAUCUUUUCCUUCAUUGCAAUAUGAUCUUCAAGGUUUGGGCAAUGGUGUGUGGGUGGUUAGAGAUUAAUUUUAUUACACCUCAAUCUUUGUUUCAACAUUUUGAAUGUUGGAGUGGGGAGAUUGGGAAGAAAAGGCUUUGCAAAGGCUAUUGGAUGGUUUGGCAUGCUGUCCUAUGGACGAUAGGAUUUUUAACGAUCUUGUGAAAGAUCCGGGAGAAACUGUUGAUGAGAUUAAGGUGCUCUCUUGGAAUUGGGUGCGAUCAAGAUUAAAGAGUUCUCCCUGCCUCUAUUACGAGUGCUGUUUGAACCCCAAGGAAUGUUUACUGAUAUAGCUGGGGUAGUUUUAGAGGUGUUUGGGACUUUUGGUGUGGCUUGUGGGGCGGUUCAGCAGUGUUUUGCUGCUACUGUGUUUUUUAGGCUGCUGUUUUUUUCUGGUUUGGUGGCUGUUAUGGGGUAACCGAUCUGUUUUGGGCCCUGUGUAUUUUUGGCGUUUUGCUGCCCUCCUCUUUGUACAUCUUGUAUAAUUUGGUGUGUUAAUAUA